AUGUUAUUGGAUGGAGAAUGGUCCCGUCGUCAGUCUGCAAUAAACAAAGUGUUGCCUCAUGAUGGUAAUUCCACAACUCAGACGAAUAAUGCACGAGAUGAAGAGAUGAUUGAUGAUGACAUAUCUGUGAUAACUCCAAAAAACCACCCACCUGUGUCUGAGCGUGUCCAAGAUGAACUCCAAGGCUGUAUAGAGUUCGCGCAACGGUUCCGAGCACGGUACGGACCGAAUUCGCCUAACUUCUUCGAAGGCACACUGGAGGAUGCUUUCGAGGAAUCAUGUCUCACCCCAGCCAAAGAAAGGAAGCUCCUCGCAGUGUAUCUCCAUCACGAGCAUUCGGUCCUAUCGAAUGUAUUUUGUGCCCAACUUCUCGGCUGUGAAACAGCGUUGCAGACACUUGCGGCAAACUUCAUAGUGUACGGCUGGGAUGUCACUCACCCGGAUAACAUGGAUUUAUUACUCACGUCAGUGACAGAUGCGUUAGACCAGGUGGUGAGUACGACGAUUCAAAGGAUUCCAAAUGAUCAGUUGCCCGCGCUGAUUAUUAUCAUGCGCAUGCGCUCCAAUACAGAGAUCUACUCCGUUAUCAAUGGUGAUGUGGGGGUGUCGGAGUUGGUGGGGGGUUUACUGGAGGCGGUAGAAAGAUUCACGGUUCAAAGAGAAGAAGACGCGAAGUUCGAGGAGGAGAGACUCGCGAGGGAACGUGUCAUGUCGGAGCAGGACGAAGCGUACCAGAUGAGUCUUGAUGCUGAUAGAGCAAAAGAGGAAAGAAAGAAGCAGCUAGAGCUUGAACGGAAUCAAGAGAUAGAGCGCGCGGAGUACGAGCGCCAAAUGCAAGAAGCGCACGAGGAGUCGCAAAGGCUCGGCGCAGUGGAGCGGGUGCCGCCCGAGCCAGGCGCAGACGCCGAUGACGUCAUGCGCAUACGGGUGCGCCUGCCCCCGCCCCACCACAAGUGCUUUGAGAGGCGGUUUAGGGCGCAGGACACGCUGGCCGCGCUGCUAGACUUCUUAGCGUCGAAAGGUUACCCACAAGAGAACUACAAAGUUAUUUCUAGGUGGCCUAGAAGAGACCUGACAGCGGAAUCUCAGAGCAGCACACUGAUCGCACUCGAGCUAUAUCCACAAGAAACCAUCAUUCUAGAGGAGCGGUGA